CUGGCUCCGCCCCAGGCUAGCGGCGGCUCGCUAGGCCACGCCCCGCGCAGUCAGCUGGACGGCGCGGACGUUCACGUGACGCGGGGCGGUGCGGAGCGGGCAGGUGGGCGGGAGGAAACCGAACAGCGGGAUCCGCGGCUGCGGCGGCGCACUACAGGCAUGGCCGCUCUCUACGGGGGUGUAGAGGGGGGAGGCUCACAGUCCAAGGUCCUUUUACUCUCAGAGGAUGGGCAGAUCGUGGCAGAAGCGGAUGGACUCAGCACAAACCACUGGCUGAUCGGGAAAGACAAGUGUUUGGAGAGGAUCAACGAGAUGGUGAACAGGGCCAAGAUGAAAGCAGGGGUGGAUCCUCUGGUCCCUCUACGAAGCUUGGGCCUGUCCCUGAGCGGAGGGGAGCAGGAGGACGCGGUGAAGAUGCUGACGGAGGAGCUGAGGGACCGAUUUCCCUACCUGAGUGAAAGCUAUUUAAUCACCACCGAUGCUGCCGGCUCCAUCGCCACCGCUACGCAGGAUGGUGGGAUCGUGCUCAUCUCUGGGACAGGUUCCAACUGCAGGCUUAUCAACCCGGAUGGCUCAGAGAGUGGCUGUGGCGGCUGGGGCCACAUGAUGGGGGACGAGGGCUCAGCCUACUGGAUUGCACACCAAGCAGUGAAAAUAGUGUUUGACUCUACUGACAACCUAGAGGCGGCUCCUCAUGACAUUGGCUACAUCAAACAGGCAAUGUUCAACUAUUUCCAGGUGCCAGAUCGGCUAGGAAUCCUCACCCACCUGUAUAGGGACUUUGAUAAAUGCAGGUUUGCUGGGUUUUGCCGGAAAAUUGCAGAAGGUGCUCAGCAAGGAGAUCCCCUUUCCCGUUUUAUCUUCAGGAAGGCUGGGGAGAUGCUGGGCAGACACAUUGUGGCUGUGUUGCCUAAGGUUGACCCGGUCUUGUUCCAGAGGGAGAUGGGCCUCCCCAUCCUGUGUGUGGGCUCUGUGUGGAACAGCUGGGAGCUGCUAAGGGAAGGUUUCAUUCUGGCACUGACCCGGGGCAGAGAGAAACAGGCCCAGAACUCCUUCUCCAGCUUCACCCUGAUGAAGCUGCAACACUCCUCUGCCCUGGGCGGGGCCAGCCUAGGGGCCAGGCAUAUUGGGCACCUCCUCCCCAUGGACUACACUGCCAAUGCCAUUGCCUUCUACUCCUACACCUUCUCCUAGGGGGCUGGCCCUGGCUCUACCACUACAAGCCCAGUGGACACUGAGUAUUGGAAAGGAGGAGGCUUUUUUCCUUUUCCUUUUUUUUUUUCUUUUUUUAAAGAAAAACACAUAUGAAAGAAAAUAAACACACUUUACCCACUCCCCAAUUGGAUUGUGUUAUCAAGCACACUUGCUGUGUACAUCCUCAGGGCACCUGCCGGUAGGUAUCCUAUAAAGCUCAGGAAUGGUUUUAGUCUAGGAUUUAAAGCCCUGUGCCCAGGUACUUGGCCUGUGGUUUGCGAUCUGCUUGCCACGCAGUUGCACAGAACAUUCACGUGUGCCAUCCCUCCCCAGCACCCCCAACAUUAGCAUAUGUACAUGCUGUGCGGCUGCCAGUUAAACAGUGACCUCAGUUGUCUCCUGUCAAAAUGGGUAAUGAUGCCUAUACAGCCAUUUUUAAGGAGCGAAAGGUUUUCUGUGGAGAACAUCACAGGGACUAACCUUAGACACACCCUCACCUCCUGAGAGCCCCGGUAGGGUUUAGGGGACAGUACCAUUCUGGUUUCAGAGAAUUACCUCACUGGAUUUGGUGCUUCUAGGUAAACAGCACAUUUUGCAGUUUUUCCCCACGAAUGAGUUCUUGAGAGGUUAUGAGGAUGACUUAGAUCCAAGAAGGCCAAUUAGACACAACUAGGUGGCCUCCAUAUUCCUGGUAACUCCUAGCCUGGCUCUGGUUAUAGAAGACAUUUGGCAUUUGUUGUGUGACACAUAAUCAUGAACAUCGGUGAAGAGCAGAUAGGAUUCCUGUCCCCUGGAUACUGUUAGUUUGAUCAGUAAAGACCAGGCCAGAGCUUCCUGUUUUGCUGCCCAUGCUGCUCGGUGAAGACCAAAGACGGAGUCUCUGUCCACAGUGGCUGCUUCUGUAGAUGUUCAGAGUGUAAGCUGUUAGAAGGCAUGGACCAUGUAUCAGACAUUGGUUCUCAAGCUUAUGUGCAUCAGUUAUUCUAGAUUGUGUUAUCAACACAAAAGACUUUUGUCUUUCUCUUCUAUAAGGUGUCUGAUUCAGUAGGUCAAAGAAGAGGUGGAAAUGUUCAUUUUUGCUGAAUACCUUGGGUGAUUUGUGCUGCAGAGGUCCAGCACAUGUAAAAAACUUUGAGAAGUUUUUUUACAUGAUCUCAGGACCAGGACCAAUGAGUAUUUUGGAUUUAGAAUCUAAAACUUCGUUGGUGGAGUGUACAAAUAGAACAUAAAUAUAAGAGUUCAUAUUCUUCAAGAAUAUGGCCAUCCCUCUUCCUUACCAUUCAUUGUCUAGGCUCUGCUAUUCCAGUGGGACACUACAGGUUUUAGAGCCAAGCAAAGAGCACAUCUUAAUUGAUUUUUUAGUCCCCGUGCAUAAGGGUUGAAUAAAUGUUGAGAAAAAUAAAGGCAGUAUUAAAGUGCACAAGGUCAAAUGUGUUCCUAUCUCCUCAUCCAGUGUAAUUUUCCAGCAGGAGGGCCCUGUUACCAGAGGUUGUGGUGCAGAAAGUCAUAGUGAUUUUUGAUGAGUUUCUCCACCUUUUAUUUAAACUUAUAAUGUCCUUCCCUAAUAAGAUACCAGGAGUAACUAAUGGGAUUCCAUGCUAUGAAGGCGUUAGAGAUGGAUAUAUUCAUCUCUCCUGAGCCUCAAACAGCCUUGUGACCAAGCAAAAGCAUGGAACAAGAACGGGACUCCAAUGAAGCCAGCACUGCUUUACUCUACCUGUACAUCAACAGCACAGCCUCAUCUAUAUCAUUCAUUCAGCAAGCACUGAAUGUCUCGUGGCUGUGAUGGGUGCUCUGAGGAUUAAAAAUGAGGGGCGCCUGGGUGGCUCAGUCGGUUGAGCGUCCGACUUCAGCUCAGGUCACGAUCUCACGGUUCGUGAGUUCGAGCCCCACGUCAGGCUCUGGGCUGACGGCUCAGAGCCUGGAGCCUGCUUCCGAUUCUGUGUCUCCCUCUCUCUCUGCCCCUCCCCCAUUCAUGCUCUGUCUCUCUCUGUCUCAAAAAUAAAUAAACAUUAAAAAAAUAAAAAAAUAAUAAAAAUGAGUACACCCCUAUACCUCAUACCAACUGAGAAGUUGACAAAAAUUUAUGGAACUGCAUGUUUACAAUAUCUGCUUUUCUGUAAUCUACUUCAGUUAAGUUUAAUAAAAUGUUUUAAGUGAAUGAAAUUUAUGGACAAAAAUUUAUGGAACUGUAUGUUUACAAUAUUUGCUUUUCUGUAAUCUACUUCAGUUAAGUUUAAUAAAAUGUUUUAAUGAAUACAACAUUCCCAUCUUCAAGGAUGUGAAUAAAUGAAUAGACAUAACUAUAGUAUUUCAAAAAGGUCUAAACAGGCAAAUCAGCUCAGAUUCCCCCCCCCCCCCCCAAAUCCUGGUUUUAAGAAGGCAGCAAAGAAAACCAGCACUCGAAGCAAAACCCAUGGCCCAUGAGCCAUGGGCGGGUCUGACGAUUUUGUCAUAUGACAAAGCCCCUCAAGAGAAUCACUGGGAGAUUAAAGCUAGGUGUAACCUGAAUAAAUAUGAGUUCUCAAACAUCCCCACAACAGAACGGACAAUGUCCAGUUGUUAACCUGGUAGCUCUGGUACCUAGGUCAGUCCUUGGUACCUAGCAGGGUCUCCGACUUUUUCAGGAUUUGAAAGGCAGAUAGAACUUUUACAUGUUUUCUAGAUCGGAGUCUUUUCCCCAGAGGCAGGAAGAGAACAGCUAUCCAAUUUCCUUAACUUCCUUUCAACUCCAAGGAUUUCCUGUUAAUCAUCUUUGUUCAAAGCUGUACAGAGGGACGCUUGGGUGGCUCUGUCAGUUAAGUGUCCGACUUCAGCUCAGGUCAUGAUUUCUUGGUUCACGAGUUCGAGCCUCACAUUCGGCUCUCUGCUGUCAGUGAGAAGCCUGCUUUGAUCCUCUGUCUCCCUCUUUCUCUGCCCCUUUCCCGCUUCCAUGCGCACACACUCUCUAAAAUAAACAUUAGAAACAAACUGUGCAUGUUACUGCCACGACUACCACUAAGAAUGAAGCACCUUCCCUAUGCCAAGCAGUAUUUUGAGAUUAAAUGCAGUCUGAUUUUCACAACAGCCCCAGGAGGGAGGUGUCACAUCUUUAUGACCGAGGUGCAGGCUGAAGGCACCAAGAAAGUGGUGGAGGUGGGAUUCACUUGGCAUGGUGAUUCCAGGUCAAUGCUUUUACUACUUCCUAACACUAGAAUGAAAAAUGCAACUAAAACCACGUUCCAUCUUGGGACAGAAAUCUCUCACACAUACACCACACAUACACUCCCUGUAUGAGGACAUAUAAUUCAACCUUAGGAAAAACAGUAGGCUGCCAGCAGUAAAUGCAA